AUGUUGCGUAGAUGCCUGGCGUCCCUUCACGAGGGGCUGAAGAAGAGGAGGAACAAGGGGGGUGGUCGAAGUGACAGCGACGGUGACGCUGCCGACAAGGGCGACAAUGGCGGUGAUGACGAGACUGUCAGCGAGACUGUCAGCGACGAGGACAUCUGCGCGUGGUGCUGGGAAAGCGAGGACAAGAAGCUGUUUCUUUGCGACGGGGAAGGCUGCGGGAGGUAUGCGCGCCCGCGUGCGCGGGUGUCUGUUUUUUUUCAGGGCUGUGUCUAG